AUGACACCCCGUUGCUUGCGUUACGCGAUGCGGAGAUCUUUCAAGGACACGCGGGAUCAGCGUGCGUAUUCACAAAAGCAGAAAAAAAUGAAAGGUAAGAGGAGCGUCGUUAGUAAUGCUCCAGAUGAGCGUGUGCCCUUCCUCGUGUGCGGUGACGACGAAGAGGAUCGAAAGGCAGGAUUUACGGAGCGAACGCGCACGCUGGAGGAUUCCGUAUUGUUCGCCUUGAUGGCGAGCGUCAGCAUUGUGCUCUGCGAACCACCCCUCAGCAAUCAGUACGGCGUUCCCGGAAAUUACGCAGGUGGGGGUCAUCAUGGGGCACAAGGUGGUGGGAAUGGAUUUGGGGGCCAUUACGGUGGGCACGAUAGCCAAGAUUACACAGAUAACGAGCCCAAGGCCUAUGAGUUCGGUUAUUCCGUGAAGGACCAGGCUACCGGAAAUGAUUUCGGUAGGCAAGAGACGAGCGAUGGCGAGACCGUCCGUGGUGAGUACAGAGUGCAACUUCCGGACGGUAGGACGCAGAUUGUCACUUACACCGCCGACUGGAGGACCGGUUUUCACGCCGAUGUGAGGUACGAAGGUACCCCGGUUUAUCCGGAUCAGUAUAACACGCAGAACGCCGGAUACGCUGGUCAAGGUUUCGGUUACCAGGGAAAUCAAAUCGGCGGUGGAGGCGGUGGAUAUACCGGAGGUAAUCAAGGCGGUUACAAUUAUCCAUCUGGCGGCGGACACUACGAUAACAACCAGUUUGGUUCUAAUGCCAUAGACAGCAGUUACAAUAACUUCGGUGGAAGGAAUAAUUAUCCGGGAAUACCGUCACCCACGUACGGUCCUGCUUUCCAUUAGAAUGCAUAAAAAGUAUUAUAUAGGAUAUACCGA